UCUCCGACUCCAAUCUCGUGGCGUCUCUCUCCUUUUGUUUCUGCGUCGUCUCUCUGUGAAGAAUCUCUGUUCGGAGGAAAGAGGAAAGGUAGCAGCGAUGUCGGGAAGAGGCAAGGGAGGAAAGGGCUUGGGCAAGGGAGGAGCCAAGAGGCACAGGAAGGUGCUGAGGGAUAACAUCCAGGGAAUCACCAAGCCCGCCAUUCGUCGCCUUGCUCGCAGGGGAGGCGUCAAGCGCAUCAGCGGCCUCAUCUACGAAGAAACCAGAGGGGUUCUGAAGAUCUUCCUCGAGAACGUCAUCCGCGAUGCCGUGACGUACACGGAGCACGCCAGGAGGAAGACGGUGACGGCCAUGGACGUCGUCUACGCCCUCAAGAGGCAGGGAAGGACCCUCUACGGUUUCGGCGGUUAGAGGGCUUCUCUUUCCUUUGUUCUCUUCUUGGUUGGUUUUGCCCCUUUCGGUUGCUCUGGGUUGUAAUCGUCCUUGGUGAUGGGGACGUCUGAAUCUGUCAAUCUCAAUCUGUUAAUGAAGAAAACGCUUCGUUCUUUUUUA